UCUUAUGUGAGCUCUUUUCAGAUGCUUUGCAUCCAGAAUGGACCUCUGAGUUGGGACCCAAGCUGUCGACAAUCCUAAAUUCCCAAGUUCCUGAGUUGCAGGUAUUGAUUUCUGACUUUUGAAGAUGGAUGAAGGGGUAGAAGUUUCACGUGAUGGAAAUUCCCUGAUCAAAGCCGUCCAUCGGAGCCGGCUUCGCCUCACAAGACUCUUGCUGGAGGGCGGUGCCUACAUUAACGAGAGCAAUGACCGCGGGGAGACGCCUUUAAUGAUUGCUUGUAAGAGCAAACACGUUGAUCACCAGAGUGUCAGUAAAGCCAAAAUGGUUAAAUACCUGCUAGAAAACAAUGCUGAUCCCAACAUACAGGACAAGUCUGGGAAAACUGCUCUGAUGCAUGCUUGCUUAGAAAAAGCCGGUCCAGAAGUCGUGUCUCUGCUUCUCAAGAGUGGGGCUGAUCUCAGCUUGCAAGACCAUUCUAGUUACUCAGCCCUCGUUUAUGCUAUAAAUUCAGAAGAUAGAGAGACCCUGAAAGUUCUGCUUAGUGCCUGCAAGGCAAAAGGGAAAGAGGUCAUUAUCAUAACGACAGCGAAAUCACCCUCUGGCAGGCACACAACCAGACAGUACUUAAACAUGCCUCCUGGGGAUACAGACGGGAGUCCUGCGCCAGCCACCUGUGCCACUCCUUCAGAAAUAGACAUAAAAACAGCCUCGUCGCCACUUCCACAUUCUCCUGAAACCGAAAUGACACUUUUUGGCUUUAAAGAUCUGGAGCCCUCAGGAAGCAGUGAUGAUACACUGGACCCAGGCUCCCCUGUGAGGAAGCCUGCUGUGGCUCCUAAUGGGCCCAAGCUACCCCAGGCCCCACCCUGGAUCAAGAGUCCCCCCUCAUUAAUGCACCAGCACAGAGUGGCCUCUUUGCAAGAGGAGCUCCAGGAUAUUACUCCAGAGGAAGAAUUAUCCUACAAAACCAAUGGGCUGGCACUUUCCAAGCGAUUCAUCACCAGGCACCAAAGCAUUGAUAUAAAAGACACUGCACAUUUGCUAAGAGCCUUUGAUCAGGCGAGCUCAAGAAAGAUGUCAUAUGAUGAAAUAAAUUAUCAAUCAUUUUUUUCAGAAGGAAAUCAACAAUGCAUUGAAAUCCCUGUUGACCAGGACCCAGACUCUAACCAGACAAUAUUUGCUUCCACCUUAAGAAAUAUAGUUCAGAAAAGAAACUCAGGGGCUAAUCACUACAGCUCUGAUUCCCAGCUCUCAGCUGGUCUAACCCCUGCAACCUUGGAAGAUGGCAAAGCAUUUAUAGGAAAGAAAAAGAUCCUCUCACCCUCUUCUUCCUUGUUGUCAGGGUCCAAAGAAUUGUUGGAGAAUAUCCCCCCAGGGCCCCUGAGCAGGAGAAAUCAUGCAGUUUUAGAAAGGCGUGGUUCAGGAGCUUUCCCUUUAGAUCAUGGUAUUACCCAGACCAGACCAGGAUUUCUACCACCCUUAAAUGUGAGUCCGCACCCUCCCAUCUCAGAUAUCAAUGUCAGCAAUAAGAUUUCCAGCCUUCUUUCUUGUGGUCAAAAAGUGCUUAUGCCAACAGUUCCUAUCUUCCCUAAAGAAGUCAAAAGUAAGAAAAUGUUGUUAAGGAGACAAUCAUUGCAAACAGAACAAAUUAAGCAAUUAGUAAAUUUUUAGGAGAUGGCUAGAAGACACAUUUUGAUCAAAUGUCUAUAUCAGAAAUAUAGAACUAGAGAAGAAAUCUCAAAUGUUCAUCCUUUUAAAUCUUGUAAUCAGUUAAUCCAUAAUGGUUAGGGAGAUCAAAACGUACUGUGUAUCAUACUAAGUACUGUGAACACACAAAUAAUAUAUAGUUUCUGCUGAGGAAAUUCUCUCAAACAAAAUUAAAGCUAUUUUUCUCAAAACUUCCAAUAUUUUAACAACCUUCAUGUCGUCCCAGUUUUUAAUUUAAACAAAAAUCAGCAAAGAACAAAGGUCACCUAUGUUGGAGAUAACUUAAAAAAUUUCAGAUUUGCCAAAUAUUUUAUUAGGAAACAUUGUGUUCAAGUCAAUAAGUUUCUUUGAACAUUUCAAAUCAAUAAAUAAGAAAGAUUGUAAUUUUCCAUGAGGUCAAAAGCAUAAAGGAAAACAUUGACAGUUAUAAAAUUUUCUAUGAUCAAUAAGCCUAAGCCACAAAGAAAGAAUGAACUAAUUCUUAAAAAAUGUUGACUGCAGGUGGGUGAAAAUCUAAUUAAAAUUUUAAAAGGUCAACCAUUAUAGUAGACUGGGCAGCUAAUACUCAUGUUGUCAGCUUCGUCAGUGUCAAAACGGCAGCUCCGAGUUUUACAAGCUAGUGACAACCGAGGCCAAGUGUCU